GGAAAAGUUGCGGGGCGGAGAGAGCGCGAGCGAGCGGGGCGAGAGCGGGGACAGCGGCCCGGCCAUGGACGACCUCGACGCCCUGCUCGCGGACCUGGAGUCUACCACCUCCCAUAUCUCCAAACGGCCCGUCUUCCUGUCUGAAGAGACCCCUUACUCCUACCCGACAGGAAACCACACGUAUCAAGAGAUUGCGGUGCCCCCCCCGGUCCCCCCACCCCCCUCUAGCGAGGCGCUCAACGGCACUGUCCUUGACCCCCGGGACCAGUGGCAGACUGGCGGCACCCGAUACAUCCACCAGCAGCCUCCGCCCCAGUCUCCCGUGUACAGCUCCGGUGUGAAAAAUCCCAGCGUCCCCGAGUCCCGGGACAGCCUCGGGUCCCCCUGCCCCCGUGGAGCCAGUGAGGAAGAACACGUGUACAGUUUCCCCAAUAAGCAGAAAUCAGCUGAGCCAUCCCCCACCAUCAUGAGCUCCUCACUGGGCAGUAACCUGUCAGAACUUGACCGCCUUCUCCUGGAAUUGAAUGCAGUCCAGCACGGCCCUGCGUCUGGCUUCUUGUCAGGUGAGGGGAGGGGGGCAGGGCUGCUUUCUUGCAUCCUCAUUUCUCAGGCUCCCCCGGCGUUGGCAUCGAUUGGACUUUCUCCUCUUCUCUCCCAAGAUGACGCUAACCAGAGCCCUCCACUGCCCGGGGGACUGAGUGCUCACUAUGGCAUCCCCGAGAACAACAGCCCCUUGGGGGGAAAGGCCACCCCCCCAGUGAAAGAAAAGCCCAAGCGGAAUGGGGCCCGGGGGCUGGAGGACAUGAGGCCCAGCGUGGAGAGCCUUUUGGAUGAGCUGGAGAGCUCCGUGCCCAGCCCUGUCCCAGCCAUCACGGUGAACCAGGGUGAGAUGAACAACCCUCAGCGCGUCACGUCCAGCCAGCAACAGACCCGCAUCUCGGCCUCCUCAGCCACCAGGGAGCUGGACGAGCUGAUGGCCUCCCUCUCGGACUUCAAGUUCAUGGCCCAGGGGAAGGUGGGGAGCAGCUCCCCACCUGGUGGCCCCCCGAAGCCAGGGAGCCAACUGGACAGCAUGCUGGGGAGCCUGCAGUCGGACCUGAACAAAUUAGGUGUGGCCACGGUCGCCAAAGGUGUCUGCGGGGCCUGCAAAAAGCCCAUUGCUGGACAGGUGGUGACGGCGAUGGGAAAAACCUGGCACCCGGAGCAUUUCGUCUGCACCCACUGCCAGGAGGAGAUCGGCUCCCGGAACUUCUUUGAACGUGAUGGGCAGCCGUACUGUGAAAAGGACUACCACAACCUCUUCUCCCCGCGUUGCUUCUAUUGUAACGGGCCCAUCUUGGAUAAAGUGGUGACGGCCUUGGACCGAACUUGGCACCCGGAGCACUUCUUCUGUGCUCAGUGUGGAGCUUUCUUUGGACCGGAAGGGUUCCAUGAGAAAGAUGGCAAGGCGUAUUGUCGAAAAGAUUACUUUGACAUGUUUGCCCCUAAAUGUGGAGGCUGCGCCCGGGCCAUCCUAGAGAACUACAUCUCUGCGCUCAACACCCUCUGGCACCCCGAGUGUUUCGUCUGCCGGGAAUGCUUUACGCCGUUCAUCAAUGGCAGCUUUUUCGAGCACGACGGGCAGCCCUACUGUGAGGUGCAUUACCACGAGCGUCGCGGUUCGCUCUGCUCCGGUUGCCAGAAGCCCAUCACGGGCCGCUGCAUCACCGCCAUGGCCAAGAAGUUCCACCCGGAGCAUUUUGUCUGCGCCUUCUGUCUCAAGCAGCUCAACAAGGGAACCUUCAAGGAACAGAAUGACAAGCCCUACUGUCAAAACUGCUUCCUCAAGCUCUUCUGUUAGAGCCUCCGGCUCUCCCCUCCCCAGCCAGCCUCCCCCCUGCCCCCCACGGGACCCCCCAGGCCCACCCGGGAGGGUCCUCGAGGCAGUGGAGGGCUCCUGGGACCCAGAGACCUCCCGGCAGGGGACAGAGAGGCCAGGGCGCCACACCUGUUUCUGGUUUCCUCUUCCCAGGGAUCUCCCCAGGCCCACUUCCCUCCCCCUUCCUCUGUUCUCCCUGCCUCUCUUUCUUUCAUGGUGGGAGAGAUCCGUUGUGGCCUGGGGAACCAGUCAGGUUUCCUUCCUGCCGUGCAGAGCCUGGCACCCCACACUGGAAUCGUUUCUUAGCCAGGUCACUGGGCAUCCCCAGAACCAGGGCUGCCCAUUCAGGGAGUUUUUGAGGGGCAGAACUUUUGUAAUCCUUCCGCUCUCUCCCUUCCCUCCUUCCUCCCCCCAUCCUCUCCCUCCUCCCUCUCUUCUCCUUCCUCCUCCUGCCUUCCCUCCUCCCCCCCAUCCCCUGGUUCAGCACUCUGGAGGGCAGCCAUCCCCUGCCAAGUGAACGCCAGCAUUAACCCCCCUGGGGAGAAGACCGGGGGGGGGAGAAGUUCCCAGGUCUCUCUCUCCUCUGCCUGAGGCCUCCUUUCUUGUGGCUCUCAUUCACUCGGUUCUACUGAGAAAGGACUCUCCAGCAAUAAUAUUUUAUAUUGACUUUGUGGGCUCUAGGAUUGGCGGGCAUGCCGUGAGCAUGGCCCCUGGACUGGAUGCUGCCCCGUGUUUGAUAGAUUUCUACACUGACGUUUGAAUUCCUGUUUAUCUGGGUUGCUUUUAAUUCUCUCUAUGAAUGAUUUUGACAAGAUUUUUAAGAUGUUCCUUUCGGUCCUGUCCUUUGCCCGCUCUUGGGCCCCUGGGGGCGGUGACCCAGGCACCUUUGCUGUCCAGCACUCUUAACCAAUAGGGUUUUCUUUGUACCGAGGGCUUCUGGGUGAGAGGCAGCCAGUAUCUUUUUCUAGCACAAACCAGUCGGUCUAGGAGUCAUCUUUUUUUUAAUUCCCUCCCUCCCAGUUCACCUAGAACAUUUUGUAAACUGCUGUAUUCAGACCCCCUUCCUCCCUGACUCUGUGUACCAGGGUCUCAGCUAACUUAGCUCAUUUGCCUGCCUUCAGGAGGGAGGUGAGCAUGUAACAUGUGUUGGGUGGUAGGGAGAGACUUGGAGGGAACAUGAGGGCAUUUCCCAGUUUCUGCCGGAAUAAGCCACAAGGAGUUGGGGGCAGGGUCCUACAUCCAAGCCCUCCUUGUGUCUUCUGAGUUCCCCCAAGGCCCUGCUCCAACGUGCCCGGUAGAGGUCAGGGGGUUGCCCUCUGGCUCUGGGCAUCCUCCUAGAUUCUGUAAAGCACCUUUUGUGCCAGUUUCUCUGUUCUUUGGGAAACCUGGGGUGGAGCGAUGGAGGAAUAGAAUAGAAUAGACAUUCCUUCUUAAGAAAAGGAUGACGAUGGAGCCAGGGGGUGCUCGGGACCGCCAAGCUCUGCUGCCCCAGCUUUGUCCCCAUUUUGUGCUGACGGUAAUGAGUGUUUGGAAAAUUCCUGGGGGAGAAACCCGACUGAAACUGAUGGUGGUUUUGCAAAGGGGCCUUGCUCUCAUUAUGGGCCAUGAAAUAUUCUCGAGUCCCUUGAGGCCAGGUCUUGGGAGAAUCCUGGGAAGAUUUUCCCAGUAGGUGAAACGGGAGCUUACCUGAGUCCCCAGGUGGAGCUGCUAUUCCUGCCCAUUCCCGGAGCCUUCUCCGGUCAUUGGGAAUUGGCCGCAGACAGGGCAAAAGACAGUCUGGGUCUGAGGGAGGCUGAGUUAGCUGGGAACUCAGUGCACACUCAGCUUUCUGGUUCAGCUAGCUGAAUGAAAGCCAGGGGCUCUCCAGGCCAGCUCUGCUCUGUUUUGGGGUGUCUGUACGUCCACCUCGAGGCCUUAGUGCUCUGUUUACAGUGACCUGCCCCGUCCCUCCCCUUUGGGUUCAGGGACAUCUGGGGGAAUGCCUCUCUGGGUCAACAGUUUGAUUUGAUUCUUUCUGCCCUAUAAACUUUUAACCUUGCUUUUCCCAUUUAAAUUCCUGUGAUUUAUGCCAAUAAAAUUUACCAUUAUUUUCACCUUG